AUGUACGUUGAUGACCUCCUUACUGGAGCAGAUCUCAAGGCUGCAGAGGUCACCAGCAUACUUUCUAAGGCUGGAUUAGAGCUUGAAAAGUGGAACACAAGCAACAUAGAAGGCAACGGAGAAGAGUUUCAAUUCAAGAUUGAUACCACAGAUCGCUUCGUCAGUCGCAGAGGCAUCCCACUACGCAUUUAUGGUGACAAUGCAACUAAUUUCGUCGGUGCACGAUCGCAGCUCGAGGACUUUAAGCAGCAGCUGUUCGACGAAGCCAACACAUUGAAUGUGCAGAAGUUCAGCAGCAUCGUAGUAUUCGAGUUCAAGUUCAUCCCUCCGCGUGCUUCCCACUUUGGUGGCUUGUGGGAGGCCGCAGUGAAGUCCAUGAAAAGCCAAAUGAUGAAAAACUUGGGCAACACUGGGCUAACGUACGAGGAGCUUCAAACGACUGCAAUCGAGUCGGAGGCAAUCUUAAACUCAAGACCAAUGGCACCCCUCUCCGAAGACCCAAACGAUGGAGAGGCGCUUAGCACAGGGCAGUUGCUAAUUGGGUCCUCUUUAAUGUCCGCGCAGUCCAAAUGGCUCAAACCCAAUGCCAACAUUCAAAUUGGUCUAAUGGUCAUAAUUCACGAGGAUAACACACCUCCCCAGGAAUGGAUCCUUGGUCGCAUCACCAACACGCAUGUCGGAGCUGAUGGACGAGUAAAAGCGGCCGAGAUCAAGGUGAAAAAUGGAACCAUUUGA